ACGUGCGCCUUAAAGUGUGUCGUUUAGUCACGGCUCUCGGAGUUGAAAAGUAACAAAUCAUUUUACGAAUUUAUCUUUUGGGCAAGGUUAUCUAAUCAAUCCGCUAUCGAUAAGUAAUGACAAAUUCUCUCAUAAAAAGGGAGCUAAUAGCGACUAAGUAAUUUCCUUAUGCGUGUUCGUAGAUAUGAAUGAACUCUCUUGAUACUCACGGGGAAUGGUUCGAAUGUACAUUACGGUAAAAGAAAUUCGCGAAAUAUACGUAUGUUCGAUUUAACAGUAAAUGUACGCGAUAGAAAAGUAUUAGACGCACGUGGUGCUGUAACAAUUUAAUUCUUUGGAAAAAGGAAGGAACCAGUGAUAAAAGGAAGAACCAGUUAUUGUCACUUUUGUGCAAGGUAAUAGCAACUCUGUAUCAAUAUACUUAACGAAAUUUCCGACAGAGUGAGAAAAAUAGCGGAGUUAAUUGUUAAGUAAAAAAAGAAUAUAUACUAAUUUAUAACCAUUGUCAGUAUUCCUGCUUCGGCAAGAUGAGUAUUAAUAACCAGAACAAGACACAUAGCGUCGAAGAGAUUCAAAUACCUGUACCAUGGGGUCACCUAAGUGGCAAAUGGUGGGGACCAAAGGAUCAACAACCCAUAUUGGCGCUACAUGGCUGGCAAGAUAAUUGCGGAACUUUUGAUACAAUGAUCGCGUUAUUGCCAUCAGAUGUAGCUGUUUUAGCCUUAGAUCUACCUGGCCACGGUCACUCUUCCCACUUUCCUAUUGGGCAAUUCUAUCAUGUAUUGUGGGACGGGCUUCUCUCGCUACGUAGAAUUGUUAAAUAUUACAAGUGGACGAAGGCGAAACUACUUGGACAUUCCUUAGGAGGAGCAAUAUCAUUUUUAUACGCCGCAUCGUAUCCCGACGAAGUAGAGUUCCUGAUUAGUAUAGAUAUUGCAGGCCCCAGUGUAAAGAAUAUAACUGAAAGCGCCGGUAUAACUGGCGUUACGGUUGAUAGGUUUUUGAAAUACGAAAGACUAGAAUUUGAUAGCGUCCCAUCGUACACGUACGAUGAAGCGCUUCAAAUAGUGGAAGAUGCUUAUCAAGGCUCUAUAACUAAAGAGAGUGCAGCGAUACUAAUGAAACGUGGUACGCGGCCCAGCAGCGAGCCUAAGCGAUACUGUUUUUCGCGCGAUGCACGAUUAAAGGUUUCUUUAUUAAGUAUGCCUUCCAUGGAUCUGUUGCUUGCCUAUGCUGCCAAAAUAACAUGCGCUUAUCUUAACAUUCGUGCCAGCAACGGAUUGAAGUACGAUCGACCCGAGAAUUACAAUGAAAUUCUAGAUCAUAUAAAAAUAGGCGCAAAGAGAUUUGAAUAUCACGAAGUGGAGGGAACUCAUCACGUACACUUGAAUAACCCUGAAAGGGUAGCACCCUUAAUUGCCAAAUUUAUAAGUACCGAGCAUUGAAGCAUUGCGGGAUGUAAACCAUAAAACUAGAUAGCAAUUGUGAAAUUAAAAAUAAUUUAUGUGCAGGUUACAUUAUGUAUGGAAUUUAAUGUAUGCGUCAAGUACAUGAUUUUACAUUCAUAAAGAUACCUUAUGGUUUACAUCGAUGGUAUUUAAUUUAGCGAAAAGAACAACGAAUUUCAAUGAGAUAUUUAAUACGCGAAUUGAACGCACAGCAUUAUUUAUUUAAAGUACACAACUUUCUGCAAGUAUUAAUAACGUAACGAAAUGUUUCUAUAUUUUAAAAAAUAAUGAGUCUUUACUCGCGCAGCUAAUUAAUAAUUCGUGUCAAAGAGUAAAAUAAUAUUGAAUUAUCU